AUGGAUUUGGACCUGGGAGGGAUAUUUCUAGAGAAUAGCACCUAUAACUACGAUGAGGACUAUGUUUAUAAAGAGGAAUGCUCCCCUGAAGAUGGCGUUGGGGUGCGUUUUGGCACGGUGUUCCUCCCGAUGCUCUACUCCCUGACGCUGAUCCUGGGGCUAGUGGGUAAUGGGCUGGUCCUGGUGGUUCUGGUCCAGAGGAGGCGAAGCUGGAGCGUGACUGACACCAUCAUCCUGCACUUGGGCUUGGCUGACACCCUGCUGCUGGUCUCGCUGCCCCUUUGGGCUGUUCAGGCCACUGGGGAAUGGAGCUUCGGGACCCCCCUCUGCAAGAUCACUGGAGCCAUGUUCACAAUCAACUUCUACUGUGGCAUCUUCCUGCUGGCCUGCAUCAGUCUAGACCGCUACAUGUCCGUGGUCCACGCGGUCCAGAUGUACUCUCGCAGGAAGCCCUGGAUGGUGCAUGCCAGCUGCCUGUCCGUGUGGCUCCUCUCCCUCUUCCUCUCCAUCCCCGACUGGCACUUCCUGGAGUCUGUGAGGGACACCAGACGAGACAAAGUGGAGUGUGUUCACAACUACCCGUCCCUCUCCCAGUCUUGGUUUGACUGGCGCCUGGCCUCCCGCCUGCUCUACCACACGGUGGGCUUCCUCCUCCCCUCUGCCGUGCUACUCUUCUGCUACUCCUGCAUCCUGCUGCGGCUGCAGCGCGGCUCCCAAGGCCUCCAGAAGCAGAGGGCCGUCCGGGUCAUCCUGGCGCUGGUGCUGGUCUUCUUCCUCUGCUGGACGCCCUACAACAUCACCCUCAUGGUGGACACUUUUCAGGGGAGACCUGGGGAGCCUGUUUCUGUGUCCUGUGAGAACGGGAGGACAGCUGUGGAGAACAGUCUGGUUGUCACGUUCGCUCUAGCCUGCCUGCACGCUUGCCUCAACCCAGUGCUCCAUCUCGGCCUGUGUAGAAACUUCCGGCGACGCGUGCUGGAUAUGGUGAGGUGUGUUGAGGGGGUGCAGGACGAUCUGAAACGCUCACUAUGGGAUUCAGGUGUGGUUGAAGACUCACCUGACCAAGCAGAGGAGAUGGGGACGUUGAACCCAAUGACAACCAUGGGACAGGUACAGUCCACCCAGAGCUGAUGGGUAGGAAGAGGAUCCUAAUGAUUAAUAUAGUAUGUCUUCAGGGGAAGUUGAUGUAUGGGUCAUGGGUUUGAGUCUGGGGACUGUUGGAUGACUGUAACCUGGGUCAUGAGAGAAAGACAUGCAUAGUAGAAAGCCCCUUAUGAGGACUGCUUUCUUAGAAUUGCACCUUAAUGGAAAAAGCUCAGACUAAAUGUAUAUUUAUAUAUUUUUAUAAAGUCAGCGGGUUGUCUGCUUUUCACGUUUUACCUAUCAAUGUCGUCCGGGUCUGUAGAAUCUGUUGGAAAGAAUUAUGCAUUCAUUAU